AUGCUUUAUGACAAAGUCUGGGUUGAGAAAUACCCCGCACCCAAAGAUGCGAAGGUCACCUUCAUUUGUGGGAACCCUCAAGGAUUCACUGAUGGCUCCAAGGAACACUCCGCCGCUUGUGCUGUGAAGGAUCCUGACGUCUGGUGGACCUCUUCGGAUUUUCAGCAUAUCCGCUGCGAAUCACCAGUGAGGGAUAUUUACUAUAAAUUGAACACGUACCGAGCAUCAGUGGCUCGAGUUGAAGUGACCGGAUGCAAGGAUUGCGACGGUAAACUACUGCCAACGGCUCUCAACAUGAACGAACUGUUCGAUCGAGGUCGGUUAGUUGUGAUGAUGGAUGAGGAUGGGCCAAAUGACGUCUUUGCGGACUGUGUACCGGCAUGCAGGGACUGCGGUCUAGACGACCUGUCUGACAACCCGUCCCCAACCACCAGUACCUUCUGCGAACAC